GUAACCAACUAACUUUUCAUCUAUGUAUGUUGAUUAUUACUCUGCAGCUUAUUUUCUUUUCAGUCCACUAUUCCAGUUUUAGAAAGAAGUCUUUAGAAUUGAAGAGCCUGAACCAUCGGACGUUCCCUGUCGAUUUUUUAGAGUGUUUGAACGGUUCCGUUUAUGAAUAUUUUGAAAAGUAUCAGUUAAAGUUCGAUGUCUCGAAGGAACGACACAAUCAUAGGGAACUCUUACGAAUUCGGGAGCUUUUCCCUGCAGUAAGAGGUAUUAUUCCAGUGGUUAUUUUAAUGGGUGAUCGGGUCCAAUAUAUAGAAACUAUGUUGGAGACUUUGUGGGAUUCUCUAGGCUCCCAAGAGGUUCCUAUUAUUUUUUCACGUACUUCUACUAAUGAAAGUAUAGCAAAUCUUUACAGUCAGUAUGCGUUCUCGCAAAAAUAUACCUUAUUUUUCCCUGUUGACAUGGAAGAUUCUUUUCACCCCAGAUUUCGUCUCAAGUUACACUGGUUUUGGGUUCUAUUCACGAUCUUCAAGCUUGUGAACUUCCAGGAUUCUUUCAGUCACGCUCUCGUGUUGGAAGAUGAUCUCGUAGUUUCGAGAGAUUUCUAUAAAACCGGAAAAUCUUUGGUAACCAUAGCCAAAUUGCUUCAAACAAAAGGCAUUACUGUUCGUGAUAUCAAUCUUUACAAUCAUCGCAGUAUCCAUUCAGAAUGCAGUUUCAAUGAUGUUGAACUUACACCCACAUUUGAGUCUUGUGGUUACUUAAUCAGCAGAGAUACUUUUGAAGCAAUAUGGAACAAUGUCGAUAUUUUUGUAAAGUUUGAGGACGGGUGGGACUGGUCGGUACGAUUGCUUCGAGUUCUUGGAAUAAUUCCUCGUUAUAACUUGCAGCCUUGCAUCUCUCGUACUCUUCACAUUGGAGAAAUAGGUAUGCAUACGAACCCAACACUGUACGAAGAAAGUGAAUAUGCCUCUGUAACCAUAUCGAAUGGAACAGCUAUCAAUUGGAAAGAGUAUAAUCUGUUGAAAUAUAAUAGAAGCGAGGAAAAAUUCGUUUAUUCAAAAUGUUAUGAUGAACAGCAGUUCGGAGGAAUUACAGGACCUUUUGCGUCUCAACAACUGGAACCUUCUCUUAUUUUGUCAUCUUGAAAGAAAUAACUUGUUGAAUCU